GCUGCCCACCUUUUUGUUCGCCGUUCGCAUUCUGGAUCAUCUGAUCAUCCUUGCCAGAUGGAUUGCCUGACUACCGACAUAGGCUCUCGACAAAUAGGGAAAAAUGAGGCUGAUUCUAAGGAAGAAUGGAGAUCAUUCGGCAACUCAUCCGAGCCCAUAAUUGAAUUCUGUCAAGAUAGUCAAGCUGUUUCGAUCGCGGAUAACCCCUUGUUACUUGGAUCUCCAUCUUUUCUCACGGUCGACAAAGCUCCUGAGACAAGGCCUCUAAAUUCUAAACAUAUUUGUUUUAACAAUAGCUGUCCUAAUAAUUUCCGUAAUCAGCACAAUCGCCAGCUUGGAAUGCUUCACACGCCUAUUGUUCAGAAAAAGGAUUACUAUCACCAUUGCAGGUGUCGCGGAUUCGCCUAUUCCAGUCAUAAAGAGUCACUUAAGUCUUCAUUUAAUAACCUAGUACAAGAGCUUUGUUCGCAUCCUCCAACGUUGGAGAGUCAAUCUUUCCUCCCUUCAGAUUCAAAGAAGGAAUCAAUUGUUACUCGGCCUUCCAAAGUGCCGGAUACUCUUUUUUCUGGAUCCAGUGCAGUCACUCGUAACCAUGGAGGCAGCGGCCGUGACAGUUCUUUGCAUACUUCAAAUGUAUGUUAUACUUAG